UUUGACGAUAAAUUAAGAAGGCCGGAAAUUUGAUAAAUAAUGGCUGCUGCUAUGGAUGUCGAUGACGGUGAUCUUGGAGAAUCUUCAGGUUUGGGAUCAGACAAAGCUGGAAAAAAGAGAUUUGAAGUUAAAAAAUGGAAUGCUGUAGCUCUAUGGGCCUGGGACAUUGUGGUAGACAACUGUGCUAUCUGUAGGAAUCACAUCAUGGAUUUGUGUAUAGAAUGUCAGGCUAACCAGGCCUCUGCCACCAGUGAAGAAUGUACAGUAGCUUGGGGAGUAUGCAAUCAUGCAUUCCACUUCCACUGUAUAUCCAGAUGGCUAAAGACUAGACAAGUAUGUCCUCUAGACAACAGAGAGUGGGAGUUUCAGAAAUAUGGACAUUAAAUUUAUGGGUCUUUGGUAGAGUACGACCUGUUAGUACAGACUGUUUGGACUGAUGCCACAGAAGAUUGAUGUAGUCAUAUGAUGAUCAUUUCAUUUACAUUUUGAUCCUUUAAAUUUACAUUAUUUGUUACUCACAAUUUGUUUGAGUGUUGUAAAUAAUAAAAAAGUCCAUUUGA